AAUCAUGGUAAUGUUAUCCUUCUUCACGUAAUUUAGGUAAUUGCCUUUGUUCAGGACCAUUUGAGAGAGUAAUCCUGUGGGGCAUGCAUCGUCCUGUGCCUUCUAUGAAAAGCAAAGCUAAUUCAGAUGGCGCUCCAGUUAUACCAACUUUGAAUAUAUCGCCCUGUCCGGAACUGUGUUCCACUUUCUUGCAUGAUGUGUUGAUUUAUUCACAAUUCACCAGACUAGGACAAUUAGCAGAAAUUAAUAAUUUGUGACAGGAUAAGGACUUGUGAUGACGAAUAGCCAGAUAUAACUGAUCAUCAGUGAACUGGUGAAGACAACAAUUACGGAAUUCGGAAAAAACCUGGGACUUUUCGCGCGUCAGGAGUGUAGGCGUUUGGGUGUUGGUCAGUCCGCUUCGACCUCACUUUGUCAAAGUUUGUUAUCAAGAUAAGUUUGGAUAAGUUGGAUAACUAGGACAUUGAUCUAUUGUUUGACUGGCUCGAAUGUUGAACGACCAGAGAGUCUCGAGUCCUGUAUGCACUGAAAUAGGAACUCGCGGAUCGGAGAAGGAUUAAGUUUAUACAAGACAGGUUGAAGCAAUAAAAAGUAGCGUUUUCUGAGCAGACAAGAUGGCGGAAGGCGAGUCAUCAUCGCGAGAGGGUAAUGGGGUCAAGUUCCGGGACCCAAAGCCAACACCUGCCGAGCUGAGAGAUUCUUCCCGUAACACGACAAGAGAGUCGCGUGCAUCUGCCCGAGGCUCCCGUAUCAGCCAGGGUAGCCAAUCCGGCAAAGGCGGAGUACUCAUGGUACGGAAGUUCAAUAUGACGGACGAAUUAAAGAACUAUACCCACAAGGGGGCGUUUUACACCGCCAUUGCUCAGAUCGUCGUUGGUCUCCUGUGUCUUAUUUUGGGGAUUGUUGCCCUGGUGGUAAAGACAGCUGGUGGCGAGAGUUGCGUUGGAAUAUGGGGUGGAGUUAUCAUCAUCGUAGCAGGCAUAGUGGGAAUCCUCGCAUACAAGCGUAGGAUCGCAAGGCUGAUUGUUACUUGUUUUGCAAUGUCGCUGAUAUCUUUGGUGAUUGGUGGAGCUAUUCUGAUAAUGUUAGCUGCAUUCCUUGUCACUGAUAUCAACCGCCAAAAGAAAUACACGGAAGAGAUAGACUUCUGGCCCGAAGGAUCAUCCAUGGCAAUAUCCAGUAAGAAGUUAGCUGAAGAGCAAGGUCCCAAAAUCAUCGUGGAUGUCGUUCUAAUGAUUUUUGGAAUAGUCGAGAUGGUUGUAGCAAUACUCCAAGCCGUGAUUGCCGGGAAGGUGUUGAUCAUUCGUGGUCCAAAGCGCACGCCAGUUGAUGCGGGUGCCGCCGGUACUCCACUAACAGACAUGGGCGAUGGUGAGGAGGACGGCUGGGGCGAGUACAACCCGGCUCCCAAGCCGAAACUGACGCGUACGCUUAGUGAGACGGAGGCAGACCAGGAAUUCGGCGAGGUGGAUCCAGAUCGCAUUCCAACCAAACGUUCGUCCUAUAGGGGUUCCAAGGAGGGUGGAUAUAAAGCGGUGAAGCGGCAGCCUUCGGCCGAAAGAGAGCAGUCUGGCGAUGCCCGCGCGAGCGUGGAAGGGGCUGCUGCAGCUGAUUUUAAUGUUGAGAUUGGAUUUUCGGCUGGAGUUGAGGUUGGUCCUGCAGAGGCAAAUGUCAGAUACUAACUUAACGGAUUGAAAGCGAAUUUCAUGCUGGAGUUGAGGUCGGUCCUGCCGAGACAAAUGUCAGAUGCUAGUAACGGAUUGAAUCGUUGUCGUUCACGUUGCUCCCUCUAACGGAUUAAUGAUGUGCCUUUGUUCUACCGGAAACUGUCAAAAUGUCACCACUUGAGAUAUCGCGUGGGCAUCUUUCAACUUUUGACAUCUUAUGGCAGAUCAAACUUUUCAAAACUCUGUUUUCGUUAGAUGUUCAUGAAAGCUUAAGAGAGAAAUGUAUAUGACUUCAGUAUGUCGAAAUUGUUGACAUUACAGUUUGUCCCUUUCAACAAAAAGUCGUUGAUCGUCAACGCCGCGCUGGGCCUGUGCUGUGAAUGUCCAAACUCUCGAGUUGAUGACAGUUAUCAAAGACACGUUCGACUCGUGGCAUUUUACCAACUGAGCUUUUAAUUCAACAUGACUUUUGGAUAUAAACUGCUGCUUUUACAUGAGACAACAAUUCAUCACAUCUGCAGGGAGGCACUGAGGCGAGAAUCGCGACUACGGAGUUCCAUAACGUUGGAUGGAACUGAUACUCAUGAUAUUCAGUGCCAGAAGACAACUUGUCUUUCAUAUUGCUGACUUAUUCAAGUGCCGCUAGAUGGCAUAGCUGGUUUCAUAACUGCGAAAAGUUUGGUCUUCCUCUUAAAAGAAUAUCGGUUGGAAAAUAUAACCUGAUAUAAUAGAAGCUAUAAUAUGUGGGCAAUUCAGCAACAUGUAUUUCAAUCAAUAGUAGAUACAGGUUACUUCAUAAUAUUGAACCAGGAUAGAAAAUAACAGACAAGCCACGGGUUGGAAAGCUUCGAACCACUUAGAAUUAAACUUUGUAAAGGAAUUCUAACCAAUAAUGCGAAGUUUUUAAACUUGGUGCAGUUUUUGUCCUCAUCAAACUCUGUUCUCCAUGAUUCUUAUUCAAACCAUCACAUAUUUGUACUAAAGAUUAAUCACUUCUUCUCUCAUCAACCAUACACCAUGUAAAUGCGAUCAGAUGUCUUUGCGACUAGCCUGCUUAGCUGCAAGUUUUGAGGACGUGGCAGCUCCUGACCGUGUUAGCAGUAUUCAAACUGCGCAAGCUUAACGCUGUAUUGAGCCAUUAUGUAUGUAUAGUUUGUUUAUAUUUCAUUAUUUUGACGGCGGCCUUGAGCGUCUUAGGAGACAUGUUGACGUGAAAGAGAGAUGUCAGUGGUAUAUUUCCAGUUAUUUACUAUGCAGAACAUGUAACACGCUUUAGCAUGUACUAUGACGGGCUUGGUUCCACUGUAUACAGCGGGAAACCGCUGCGAUUAAUCUAGCGCUGUGGCGAGAGCAGAAAAUUCGAGCGGCAAACCGCCACUGUUUAAACUAAUGUAAAAACCGCUUUAUCGUGGAAUCAGUCCUUAACGGUUAAACGAUAAGUACAAUAAUUUUAUACUUGCUGUACAAUUUAUCUUUUAACGCAGUUUGUAUGAUUUUAAGCUUAACAAUGACAGAAAUGUCGCAUUAUUUUAUAUUGAAUUUGUUUGUUGUUAAUAAGUUUCUUUGUCAUGGCUGUGCCCUUGUAAGGUACGACCUGCCGAGUGCAUGGUCCUUAUAGCCCAUCAUUUCGUACGAAAUUUUGUCCUCCUAUUACUAGUAGGCCUAAUUCAGUGCGCGAGACUAGGUUGCCUGGCAGAGAGCUCUAUCAACACUGGCAGGCCAGCUUAAAAGUGGCUGCAGCUUACCAUUGCAUCGCGCACGCUCUUGUGUUAACUUCACGAACUAAAACCAUGACCCGCAUUCCCCUUUAUAGCGCACAAUAUGCAGAAUAACACAACAAUGACUAAUGCAUAGAAAAUAGGCGUUAUUGUCAGUAGCUCGAGAUGGUAAAUACACGGAAAACCUGAUUCAUCCGGGAUUCGUGAUAUGUUCUGUACCCCGCCUUGGAUCGAAAGACAUGAGAAAAAGGACGCAAUAAUAUAUCAAUAAAGCGAUUAAACUCAGGCCGAACCUUUCACUAGAGAAUUGACCGAGGCUUCCGUGAUGGCUGAGACGAAGAACUCCAAAGCAAACCGUCCAAAGUCUGGAACAUCCGGAGAUGGAGGCGGUGGUGGUGGUGGUUCAGGAGGUCCACGUGUUCGAUACCAGCUGCCACCAGAUGAAGCCUCCCCUCGUGGCUCCCCAGAUCCAGCUGGGACAUCCUACCAAAAACAACCAUGGACGUUGAAAAAAUUCAACUUGUACGGAGAUAUGCCCGAGUAUAAUGACAAGUGGUCCAUGUUCCUUGGUUUUAUACAGAUUGGAUUAGGAGCAGUAUGUUUUAUAUUGGGGAUUGUGUUAAUUGCCAUCAAUGCAGCUGGCAGCCACAGUGGGGUCGGGAUCUGGGGUGGACUCGUCUUCAUUGCCUCUGGGUUAGUUGGUUUUUUCUCCUACAAGAAGCCAUUGACACCCCUCGUGAUAGCCUGCUUUGGACUGUGCUUAGCCUCUGUGGUGAUCGCUUUCAUCAAGUUUAUUUUACUAUGUUACUUCACGAAUGCUGAUAAUGUGAAACUGGCUGAGUACAACAGAAACAUUCCAUUUUUUGGGUAUACUAAGGAAAAUAAUCCAAAAUUUUUUGAAGCAAGGGACGCCCAAACCCCUAAGAUUGCUGUUGGUGUCGUUCUUAUUCUUUUUACUCUGGCUGAGUUGGCAGCUGCUUGCCUACAGGGUUUGUUGGCUGGAAAAGUGUUCCUGGUCCGCGGGCCUCAGGCUGUCCAAGCGGACAGCUCGAAUAGGCACUCUGCAUCCAACCCAGUACCCGCUGGAGAGGCUGCCACUGGUGGAGACCAGUCUUGGGGUGAAUACAACCCGCCAGCCCGAAACCAACCAGCAGGUGAUCAGUCCUGGGGAGAGUACAACCCGCCGGCUCGUAACAAGCAACCAAAGAAACAAGACAGGGACAGCAGACCUGAACCUCGGGGCAGUGGGGAACCACAGGAACCAGAUCCAGAAUGGACUGAAUACAAACCGCAAAAGGGACGAAAGGCGAUGCGAGAGGAGUCUCAGAAGGGUAACCAGCCUAAACCACGGGCACCACCAAGUUCGGAGGUGGAGCUCGGAACACAGGGACAUGUGACUUACAACCCGAGUGAAAAGGAGCCUCAUGGUAACAGUUCGGUGCCAGCAGUUGGAGGCAUCAUUAGACGACAAGCCACCGGGGAUGUUGACAUUGAGGAGGACACAUAUUGCCCUCCUCCUCGAAGCUCGUAUAUGGAGGAGGAGAACGAUUAUGACGUUCCGCCGCCUGCUGUCUCUACUGAGAUCUAGGAGUGUUAGGCCUAGCUUUUUUAUUCCAUAGCGAGAUCUUCCGAAUCUAAAAAAACCCCACAUUUUCCCAACAUCCUGGCUCUUAUUUUGACUACAUGCCUCCAGUACCCUCUGUGGUUUAAGUAAGAGGUGGCCAAGUCGAGGAGAGUUGAAUUUGCUUAAUGGAAUGCAACGACCGCUAUGCCACUGGUGGUCAUAAGCUUGUUCAAACUUUUAUGUCUUUUUGAUCAAGUGAAUGUGCCAAUAGAUGGCAUGACUGCCUCCUACUAUGUUGCUAUAGUUUCCAUGGUUGUCAUGGUAAUAACUUGCUAGUAUUUGCUAUACAGCAGCUCCACGUGAACGUCCAACCAGAUCUGAUUUACUAGUAUUCUUACACAUAGAAAUUUAAUGAUGUAAUCGACAAGAAGAGUUACUGAAGGGUCAACGGGAUCAUCACAGACCAUCAGUUAUAGUUACUUCUUUGAUAAAGCUCAGUUGCGGUUUCUACGACUUUCUUUGGAGGUUGUUGGGGGAUUGGGGAACAUCCUUCUGAAAGCUACAGUUUUAUGUUGAACGACCUGGAACGUCCUUUUCUAACGGCUGAAAGCUUGGGAAAAUUUGUAGGCCGAUUUGUCGGAUAUGUUAUGUUUAGAUAUAACGAUGAUAGUGUUCAUGUAUUGAAGUCAUUAGCAUAUCAGAUCUGGUCUUUCCAUGACAUGAAACGCUUGAUUUGGUGUAGUUAUAGUUUUUUUAGAUCGUUUUCUGAUGCACAACAUUAUAAUUGGGGAGCUUUUCAUAUGAAAAAUGGCUGGACUACAAAGGGAACAAUGUGUACGCAUCAUGCGAUUCCAAGUACAUUUUAAAACCUACUACAUGUAUAAGAAUUCAUGAUAUUUCACAGAUUUAAUUUCCCAUUGAGUUUGUUAUUUACCUGUUUAUAAUUAGAUUACGUUCUAUAUCAUAAAGAGUUGCCAUAUGGUUUCAGCAGAAAAUCAGCAUGCUGCCAAACAUAAAUAUGGUGUCCAAAUCAGAUUUUAAAGUUGAGAAUAAACUCAUAAUGUUAAGUAAAUGAUAUAAUUCGACAUCAGAUUUUGUGAUUGACGACGGAAAAUGUGUCAGGUUUCGGCAGUGAUAUUUUCUGAAGGUGCAUGGCUUCUAUAUUUCAUCCAUGCAUAAAGAUUUGUAUUUUGCACAUUUGAAUAUUUUUAUAUAUUAAAAAAGUUGACUUGUGCAUGUUGUGCAGUAUUAAAGCCAGCUUCAGUACCGACGUGCUUAUGUGUAUAUAUAAAAGACUAUAUGUAAUGGUAGUCGGUUAAACUACGUCGAAUAAAACAAUGCUACGAGUACCGUAUUUGUUUAGGUUUGGCAACAGUAUAUAUAUAUAUAUAUAUGCAAGAAACUGCUUGGUUAUAUCAUCCGCCAGCAGUUUCUGGGUCUGCCCGCACUAGAUGCCCAGUCUGCCAUAGACUGUGAGAGGAAAGUACAUGUACCAAAUAUCACGACCGGCAUUGACAGAGUACCUGCCAGCCGUGUGCCUACCAUUUUCGCCGUGUAUACAUGCAUGUAUAUAUUUUUCUUUAAAUGAAGCAUUGUUUGGUAGUACUUUUCAAAUUUGUUUAUGUAUUGCUGUUUAAUGAUAGUAUAUGUUAUACACUUGUAGAUGUAGUCAAUGUAACCUAUGCAUGCUGAAAGCAUUAGAUGUAAAAAAAUAAUAAAAAGCGAU